AUGCAAGAAAGACAAAUGAGUGAAGAAGUAAGGAAUGACAAUCCUUACAGUAGAUUGAUGGCAUUAAAGAGAAUGGGAAUUGUUCAGAAUUAUCAAUAGAUUAAGGAGUUCACGGUAUUAGUAGUUGGUGUUGGUGGAGUAGGAUCAGUUUUAUGCGAAAUGUUAACACGUUGUGGAAUAGGUAAAUUGAUUAUGUAUGAUUAUGACAAAGUGGAAUUAGCAAAUAUGAAUAGGUAAUCAAAUAACAUUAAUAUUUAGAUUAUUUUUCACUCCACAAUAGGUAGGAUUAUCAAAAGUUGAGGCUGCAAAAUAAACACUAUUGAAUAUUAAUCCAGAUGUUGUGAUUGAAGCAUACAACGAAAAUAUCACAUCAGGAACAGGUUUUAAUCAAUUAUUGGAGAGAAUGCAAAACGGUGCUCUCAAAGGAGGACCUGUUAAUCUAGUUUUAAGUUGUGUUGAUAACUAUGCUGCACGUAUGACCAUUAAUAGUGCAUGUAAUGAACUUGAUUAAGUUUGGAUGGAGAGUGGAGUAUCUGAAGAUGCAAUGUCUGCACAUAUCUAGUUGAUGAUUCCAGGAGAAACAGCAUGUUUUGCAUGUGCAGUUCCUGUAGCAGUAGUUGAAAAUACUGAAUAGCAAAUUAAAAGAGAAGGCGUAUGUGCAGCCUCAUUGCCAACUACUAUGGGUAUUACUGCUGGAUUCCUAGCCUAGAAUACUCUCAAAUAUUUAUUAGGUUUUGGUUAGACUACAUUUCUCCUUGGAUAUAAUGCUUUGGCUGACUUUUUCUAGAAUUAUGCUAUUAUGCCUAAUCCUGAAUGCAAGGAUCAAAAUUGCUUGAAAAGAUAAAAACUGAAUUCUGAAAACCUAAGAUUGAAUCAAUUAUAAAAGAGAAAAGAACAAUCAGAAUAGAAAUAGGAAAUUGUUCAUGUUGAAAAUGAAUGGGGAAUUGAAGUUGUGGCUGAUGAUACACCAAUUAAUGAAGCAGAAAUUUAAUAAUAAUUAUUAAAUUAAUAAUAAUAAUAAUAGGACUAAAAGCCUAAUGAUACAACAAAAGAAAGUACCAAUCUAGAAGAUUUAAUGAAUCAAUUAAAGAGUUUACAAUGA